AUGGAGUACAUGAGGAAGACCAGUGAGGAUCUCGUGGCUCAGAACAGAAUGGUGAACGUGAAGAUGAUGAGACUAUUAUUGGCUGAGGAAGUAGAGAAGUCUCCAAAUCUAAUCCGAAGUACCAUUUCCAUGGAUGGCCAUGAUUUUGAUGCAUUAUUUAACUCAGGAGCCACCCACUCCUUUAUUUUGGGUUUUGUUGCGAAUGGUUUGAACUUACCUAUGUAUGCAUUUACGCCUCCUAUGGUAGUGAAGACUGCCACAGGAGACUUGGUUUCCACUUCUUUGAUGUGUAAGGAAGUCAAGUUCAGUUAUGAAGAGAAAAAUAUGAAGAAUUAUUUCUCUGCUAAGAAUGAGAAGAAGGACUCCCCAUAUUUAUCAGUGUUGCAGAUGAUUAAGGUUCUAAAUACGGGAGAUGCAGGAUAUAUCAUGUUAGGAGGAUUGAUUGGUGUCUCCAAGGAGCCAACUUCUAGUAUCCUGAUUGUAUGUGACUUUGAGGAUGUAUUUCCAGAAGAGAUCCCACAGUUUCCACCAGAAAGGGAGAUUGAAUUCUCCAUUGACCUAGUGCCUGAUGUGAGGCAUAUCUCUUUGGCUUCAUACUAG